UCUUUUAAUAGACGCCAUAGGAUACGAUCCCCUUCGAAAAAAUGUAAACAAAGUCGGCGUCCACGAUGUCCCUCCUCCGGUCUCUCGCAAGGCCCGUGUUGUCUGCAAUUUCCCCUGCAAUUUCCUGCAAUGGCACAGCUUCUAAGACUUUAUUACAGAUUGAAGGAAGAAGCCAUGCAGCAUCCAGUCUCUUCACAAGCACUAAACUGAGAUGCGAAGCUGAGGAAGGAGAGCCUCAAGCAGAACGAGACCCACUGAAAGACCGUUCCAAAGUAGUCCCUGUGGAGACCAGCGUGAAAUACCUCAAAAGCGAUGCCUACAAGACUACUUACGGCACAGACCCAGUAUGGAAGAGAUAUCGCAGAAAUUUUAAGGGAGCCUUUGCACCUCGCAAAACCAGGAAAACAUGCAUAAGAAAGAACAUGAUCUCAACUGGCAACCCUUGUCCCAUUUGCCGUGAUGAGUACCUAGUCUUGGAUUAUCGUAAUGUUGAUCUUUUGACGCAGUUCGUAUCGCCUUACAAUGGAGAGAUCUUAUCAUACCAAAAAACAAACCUGUGCCAGAGGAGACACAAAGAGCUGCUCGUAGCAGUGCAGAAAUCCCGAGAUUAUGGCCUCCUGACAUUCGAUGUCCCCUUCAGAGCGUAUGAUUAUUCCGAGUAUUACAACCCCAAACAAGAAUCCGGCUCGUCAUCUUCAACCUAAUAAAAGCCAUUAAGACGUUCUUUAUAGUUUUUAUUGUGUAUCGAGAUUUCGUUGGAAACGUGGGACAUCGUUGCUGUGUAAAUAUGUGGAAAUGUAUGAGAUCUCUCUUCCAGAAGCAAAUGCUAAAAUAGUUUUUGUUUAAUUUUGUUAGAUUAUAUAAAAGAUGUGAAUAGAAUAUAUGCAAUGAUGAAUAGAUAUGUGUUGUUUCUAGACCAACAGAAAUACAUAUUUCUUUGUAAAUAAAUGUUCAGAAUUUA